AUGUCCAAUAUCAAAAUCUUGGGGGGCAGCUCCCAUCAGAACUUAUCCCAGAAAAUUACCGACCACCUGAUCCUGGAGCUAGGCAAAGUGGUGAUCAAGGAACUCAGAAAUCAGGAGGCCUAUGUGGAAAUUGGUGAGAGCGUGAGAGGAGAGGAUAUCUACAUAGUGCAGAGUAGUUGUGGCAAAAUCAAUGACAGUCUAAUGGAGAUUUUGAUCAUGAUUAAUGCCUGCAAGAUUGCUUCAGCCAGUCAGGUUACUGCAGUCAUACCAUGUUUCCCUUACGCCUGGCAGGAUAAGAAGGAUAAAAGCCGGGCCCCGAUAUCUGCCAAACUGGUUGCAAAUAUGCUGUCUAUAGCGGGUGCAGAUCAUAUUAUCACUAUGGACUUACAUGCUUUUCAAAUUCAGGUGUUUUUUGAUAUCCCAGUAGACAAUCUUUAUGCGGAACCAGCUGUCCUGAAAUGGAUACGGGAGAAUAUCUCUGAGUGGAGGAACUACACCAUCUCACCAAACGCUGGUGGAGCUAAGAGAGUGACCUCCAUUGCAGACACGUUGGAUGUGGACUUUGCCUUCAUCCACAAAGAAUGGAAGAAGGUCAAUGAAGUGGACCAUAUGGUGCUAGUGGGGGAUGUGAAGGAUCAUGUGGCCAUCUGUGUGGAUGACAUGGCUGAUACUUGUGGUACAAUUUGUCAUGCAGCUGACAAACUUCUCUCAGCUGGAGCCACCAGAGUUUACGUGAUCUUGACUCAUGGAAUCUUUUCUGGCCCAGACAUUACUCGUAUCAACAGUGCAUGCUUUGAAGCAGUGGUCAUCACUAACUCCAUACCUCAGGAGGAUAAGAUGAAGCACUGCUCCAAGAUACAGGUGAUUGACAUCUCCACAAUCCUUGUGGAAGCCAUUAAGACAACUCACAAUGGAGAAUCUGUUUCUUACCUAUUCAGCUAUGUCCCUUUAUAG